GUUUCCAUGGUGAUAUAGCUGGGUGAAGCAUGUCGGAUCUUGGCUCUGAAGAGAUCGAAGAAGAGGCAGAGAAUGAUUUAGGGGAAUAUGAAGGUGAACGCAAUGAGGCUGGUGAACGGCAUGGACGUGGGAAAGCCAGAUUACCCAAUGGGGAUACCUAUGAAGGAGAAUAUGCAAAUGGUAAAAGAAAUGGAAAGGGGCUAUACAGAUUUAAAAAUGGUGCAAGGUACACUGGAGAAUACCUUGAAAAUAAAAAACAUGGCAAUGGGCUCUUUAUUUAUCCAGAUGGAUCUAAAUAUGAAGGAGACUGGGUGGAGGACCAAAGACAUGGAAAUGGAGUUUACUAUUAUGUAAAUGGGGACACAUACACUGGAGAGUGGUUCAAUAAUUAUAGACAUGGGCAAGGUACCUAUUUCUAUGCAUUAACUGGCUCUAAAUAUGUUGGCACUUGGGCAAACGGGCAACAAGAAGGAUCUGCUGAACUUAUUCACCUAAACCACAGAUUCCAGGGAAAGUUUGUGAAUAAAAAU